CCUGCUUCUUCUUCUUUUUAUUUUUUCAUUUUUUAUUUUUGGUAGGGGGUAAUCAAUCACAGGGCCAAAUCUCACAUUUCAAACAACAAUUUUCAUAAUGACUUAGUUAAAAAGUUUUAAUAAUAAGAUAAUGUUUGUGACAUUUACUCUUGAAAAAAUGGUGGAAAACAUGAGGUGUUAUUUUUUUUUAAUAAGUGGUGGAAAACAAGAGUUUGCAUUUGUUUUAUUGCAUAUUUAUAUACAUAGUUUUACUUUUCAAGAUUGAUGAAUCAAUUGGUUGCAUUGUUGACGUGGACAAUGAACAUAUGCAAAAAGGAUCAUCAAAUAAACACUGGUGUAGUGCUUGACAUUGAUCCUUCGAUGCUUAAAUCAGUGAAUAAUUAUGUCUCCAUAUAUAUAGAAUCAUUAAUCAAAGAGAGAGAGAGGGUAGUUUUUUUGUGAUUCAAAUAACUAUGUGUACUUUUUUUGUCAUUUUCUCUUCUUAUAAAGAAUCUUUAUGGCUUGGUAUGAGGACUGUUUCUUGAAUGAUUGUUGUUGUGGUUAAUGAAGACUAUAUUCAGUCUGCUAUAAUGGAAGAAGAUAGUUAAGUUAGUAUAAGGAUUAUAGUUGACCUUCAGAAGCAGAAUAGAGAAGAGACCCAUGGAGAAUUGCAGUGUUAACUGCUGAUACACUAAGGUUGGCAAAGCUUUCACAAAAUAUUCAUUUCAGCUGGGUUCCCAGAUCAGCUAACAAUGCAGCACAUAGUUUAGAUUCUUGGUCUCUCUUAAAUCGUUUAUCUGGCUCUUUGCUUUAGGCUCUGUUUCGUAGGUUUUUUCUGAUGUUGUGUUAUCUGAGCAUGCAUUUUGUUGUAUUUCAUCCUAGCUUUUACUCUUCUGUUUUACUUUAAUAAAAUUCUUAUAGUUAUCUAUCAAAAAAGGAUUAUAGUUAACCAUAAUUAAAAAAUAAUAAUAAUAAUUUGAGUAGGAUUUCUUUUUAAUUAAAAAAAAUGUUCGGUUAAAGAAGAUACAAUAUGAGAUGACAUCAACUUUUUAUAUAAACUUCAAGAAGAGAGUCUCAUUUGCCAGUUUGAGGAGUGUCAUAUCUCCUUUUUAUAUAAAUCUCAAGGGAGAGAGUGUCAUUAUUGCUCUAUUUGAGGAGUGACCUAUCGUGAAGUCCAGAAAUAUUGUUUGUAUAAGUGUAACUUAAAAAAAAAAAAAAAAACACUCGUUUUAUACUUUAUAUAAGGCAUGUUACCAGUACUAUCAGACACACUUAAUUUUAUAACAGGGCCUUAUCCCUUCUUCCUGUGUGUGUGUUAAAAAUACGUAAUAUUCUUAAAAGAAAAAACAGUGGGUUAAUCUCACAUUAAAAAAUGAGUGUGAGUAAAAGAGAUUUAAAGCUUGUACUAUGUAUUCAAGAAUUAGGCACUUUUGGAUAUACACAAAUGUCAAUUUCUUUAAGAGAUUCUCCCAUCUUCCUUUGUGUGUGUGUGUUAAUAAUCGAUAAAAAAAGAUUAGUCCAUAUAAAAAUCGAGUGUAAAAUUGUAUGUCUAUUACUUACAGUCAAUCACAUCAAUAUAUUAUGAAAUUGGGUGUAAAAUUACGUGUACAUAAAUUUUUUUUUCGAGCAACGUUUUUAUGUAAUCCAAAUUGCAGGAAUUUUUAUGCAACAAACAAUACAUGUGACCUAGUUGCAUAAAAAUCUUUUUCCUUUUGACUUUUUGAUGGUUGUAGCUAGGGCUGUCCAAACCCAACCAGAGCCCGACAAUCCAACCAAACGGCCCGACAUCACAACCAGAGUGGCUGGAACACAUGGGUACUUGGCCCCAGAAUAUGCACUCUAUGGACAGCUGACUGAGAAGAGUGAUGUUUAUAGUUUUGGGGUGGUGGUUUUGGAGAUAAUGUGUGGAAGAAAAGCUCUUGAUUUGUCAUCAGGAUCACCACGUGCGUUUCUGAUAACAGAUUGGGCUUGGUCUUUGGUAAAAGCUGGAAAAGUGGAAGAGGCUUUAGAAGCUUCUCUGUCGAAAAAUGACGAUUCUGUGAAUUUGAAUCCAAAGAGCGUAAUGGAGAGAUAUGUGAUGGUUGGGAUUUUGUGUGCUCAUGUGAUGGUUGCUUUGAGGCCAACCAUUUUGGAUGCACUUAAAAUGUUGGAAGGAGAUAUUGAGGUACCGGCAAUUCCAGAUAGGCCAACGCCUCUUGGGUAUCCAUCGUUUUGUGGCAAUGGUAAUAAUUUCAGCAUAUCACCAGCACUAAGUGGGCCACGAUUAAAUAGCGGGGACAUGCUCAGGAGUUGGUGCAUAGGCAGCAAUUCUACUUCUGGAAGAACUUUAAGAACAACAGGCUGAAACACAUUAUAUCAAAGUC